UCAACCCUGGAUGAAAGGUCACAAAGUUGUUUCUCCCAUGGAUUCCCGUCAAAGGGAUCUCCAUUUAAGACAGCUUCCUAAUUCACCAACGAGUAACCUACAUUUUCGAUUUUUUCAAUUAUUUACGUUUCUAAUGAUAGUUUAUGUGGGUGCAUUGUUAUACAGGGCCUUGUCGAUAAUGAUGAGAUGCAGAAAGAGAAAUCGUAGCUUCACAAAUUUGGUACAAGUUGAAGCUAGAAUAUGAAAACUUAACGAUCGAUAAGAGACAACAAAAAAAAAGAUGAAGCGACAAAAUGUUAGAACUUUAUCGUUGGUUAUUACUACUUUUACUUAUUUAUUAGUGGGUGCGGCCGUUUUUGAUGCAUUGGAAUCUAAAGAGGAAUUAAUCCGUGAUGGAAUGCUAAAAGAUAUUAGCGGGGCUUUAAAGAAAAAAUACAACAUAUCAGACGAUGACUACAAAAUGAUGGAACUUGUAAUAACCGAAUAUAAACCACAUAAAGCUGGACCACAAUGGAAAUUUGCUGGAUCGUUUUAUUUUGCGACCGUUGUUUUAGCAAUGAUAGGUUACGGUCAUUCAACGCCAGUUACAGCUGGGGGAAAAGCGUUUUGUAUGGGAUAUGCUAUGGUUGGAAUUCCUUUAGGUUUGGUAAUGUUUCAAAGUAUUGGUGAACGUUUAAACAAAUUUGCUUCGGUUGUAAUAAGACAAUUUAAAAAAUACUUUAAUUGUCAACGAAUAGAGGCAACAGAAAUGAAUUUAAUGUGCGCCACAGCGACUUUAUCGACAAUUAUUAUAACAACAGGAGCGGCCGUUUUUUCAAGAUAUGAAGGAUGGACUUAUUUUGAUAGUUUUUAUUACUGUUUCGUUACUUUAACCACAAUUGGUUUUGGAGAUUAUGUUGCGCUACAAAACGAUAACGCCUUACAAAAUAAACCUGGAUAUGUCGCUCUUAGUUUAGUUUUUAUAUUAUUUGGUUUGGCAGUUGUUGCAGCAAGUAUUAACUUGUUGGUUUUAAGAUUUAUGACGAUGAAUGCUGAAGAUAUAAGAAGAGAUGAUAAUGAAUGUAUGCAAUCAUCAUCAAAUAACGUUUUAACUUUAGACGGUGAAGUAAUGGCCGUUAAUGGAAAAUUAUUAGCGGGACAUCACACAGGCGAGUUAACGGAAAUCGACCAAAUGUCAGUGUGUUCUUGUAAUUGUUUGGGAUUAACGCAUAGCGAAAAUCAAGAAUUAUUACUAGAUACGAGUUAUCAACCAUCCCAAACGAUAUUAUCUUCUGGGUCUACUAUAAAAAGAGCUUCGGUGUGACAGAAAUUUUGAAAAACAAAAAAUUGUAGGUUGGUAAGCAUGUUCGUAAUAAAAUGAACUUACAAUUAGUUUGGUGUGCCAAGCUCCCUGUGAUUUCUUACAUUACUAUUUUGAUGUGAUAUUUAUAUUUAGUCGACAGAUUUUAAACACAUGAUUAACACACACAUACAAAUAUUGAUUUAUUGAAAUUGAAAUCCCAUUUUAAUCUCGUGGGUUUUUAAUAACUUUUUCACGAAAGGCACAUGUUAUAGUAACGAUUUUAAAUGAAACCUUUAUACUUCUAAUAUAAGACAUAAGUCGUUUUAUAGCAUGCAACAAUUUUAAGUAAAUUUUAAAUCAUAAUUCUUGUUUUUUUUGACAGUUGAAUGAUUUCAAUUACAUCUAAAUCGCGUCCAAGAACGCAUUAAUUUAGGUUUUUAUUCAAAAUGUGUUAAAUGAAAUUACAAAUUAAUAUAGAACAUAAAGUUAUACUUGAAUAUUAUGUGACUUUCGUGAAAUAGACCCCUGAAAACAAUCCGUAGUUGUUUUGUACAUUUUUACAGCGAUUGUAUAACUCGCCUUUUAGAAGAAAAAAGAAAGCAAAAAAAAAUGUUUUUUGCUUUUGAUGUUUGU